CCAAACAUUUUUUUUUUUUUUUUUAUAGGAUAACACAAACCCAAGCCCAUCGAUCAAAACCCUCAUUAUUCAGCCUCAACCUUCGCGGCGGCAUGCAGAUCUUUGUCAAAACGCUCGCCGGAAAGACCAUUACCUUGGAGGUCGAUAGUUCGGAUAUCAUCGAUAACAUCAAAGCCAAGAUUCAUGACAAGAAAGGUAUUCCUCCUGAUCAGCAGAGGCUCAUAUUCGCCGGAAAGCAGUUGGAAGAUGGCACAACCCUAGUGGACUACGAUAUUCAUAGGGAAUCGACCCUUCAUCUCAUCCUCCGUCUCCGUGGUGGAAUGCAGAUAUUUAUCAAGACGUUAACUGGGAAAACGAUCACCCUGGAGGUUGAAACUUCUGAUAUGAUUGACAAUGUCAAGGCUAAGAUACAAGAAAAGGAAGGGAUCCCUCCAGAUCAGCAGAGGCUUAUCUUUUCCGGCAAACAGCUAGAAGAUGGGCGUACUCUUGCUGAUUACAGUAGUCAGAAGGAAUCUACGCUGCAUCUCGUCCUCCGUCUUCGUGGCGGGAUGCAAAUCUUCGUCAGAACGCCAAUGGGCAAGACCAUUACUUUGGAAGUUAAAAGCUCGGAGACAAUUGGUAAAGUGAAGUCGAAGAUUGAGGAAAUAGAGUGGAUUGAACCGCAACAUCAGCUUUUGACCAUUGAAGAGAAGGCCCUCGAGGGUUCUAGAACUUUGGCUGAUUAUAACAUCCAAAAAGAAUCUACAUUGCACCUGAGUCUUCGGUUGAGAGGAGAUAUACGUAUUUUUGUUAAGACAUUGACAGGGGAGACUAUCUCAUUGGUGGUGGACAGCUCUGAGACCAUUGGUAAUGUGAAGAAAAAGAUUCGUAAGAUAGAUGAGACUCCAAUUUCUCGAUAUUGUUUGAUCAUUGCUGGAAAGAACCUAGAGGAUGGUAGAACUUUGAGAGAUCAAAACAUCCAAAACGGAUCUACAUUGCACAUGACUCUGAGGUUUAAAGCAGGAAGUGAGAUGCAGAUUUUUGUUAGGACGUUGACACGGAAGACAAUCACACUGGUGGUGUACAAGGCCGAGACCAUUGGUGAUGUAAAGGAAAUGAUUCAGAAAAGGGAGGGGCUUCUACCUGAUGAUCAACGGUUGAUCUUUCAUGGAAAGCAACUUGAGGAUGGUGCAACAUUGAGCGAUCAUAACAUCCAAAAUGAAUCUACGAUCCACCUGGUUAUAAGGAUGAGAGGGGAUUGUAAUCGUAAGUAUAUUUAUGUUGAGACUUUGACAGGGGAGUCCAUCCAGGUGGAGGUGAAAAACUCGGAUACAAUUGGUGAUGUGAAAGCAAAGAUUCAGGAGAAAGAGGGGAUUCCAUGGCAUCAACAGAUUUUGAUCAUUGAUGGAAAAAUCCUCGAGGAUGGUAAAACUUUGGAGGAUCAUAACAUCGAAUCACAUUCUAUAUUGCAGCUGAUUGUGAAGUCGGGAGGAGAUACUAUGCCAAUUUUUGUUAAGACAUUGACAGGGAAGACCAUAAAGCUGGAGGUGGAGAGCUCAGAGAACAUUGAUACUGUGAAGUCAAAGAUUCGGGAAAUAGAGGGGAUUCCACUGCAUCAGCAACGUUUGACCAUUUCUGGAAAGAAUCUUAAAGAUAAUGUGAGUUUGAAGGAUUAUAACAUCCAAGAAGGAUCAACAUUGGAUCUGUUUAUGAGGUUGGGAAGAGGUAAUAUGCGGAUUUUUGUUAGGAUUUUGACAUGGAAAACCAUCAGCCUGGAGGUGGAAAGCUCGGACACUAUUCGUUAUGUGAUGGAAAUGAUUGAGGAGAAAGAGGGAAUUCCAGUUGAUCAGCAGGAGCUUUUAUUUGAUGGGAAGAAACUACAUUGGGGGAAGCUGGUGGCUAAUAAUAUUGAGCAGGAUUCUACUCUGAGCCUUCUCCUGCGAGUAACUGUAGGUGGUCAAUCAUGAAACAAUGGAUCUUCAUUGUGCAUUGUGCUGUUAAUGAUACCAAACUCUGAAUUUGGGAGAUAAUUAAUUUACUAGAAACUUUUUCAUAUUGGUGGAAACUAGUUUAGUAUGUGUAAUUAGAUAUUGUGAUACUAAUGAUGUUGCUGGCUGUAUUUCUUGUGGGUGCUCUUGCAUAGUUGUAGUUAUGGAACUAUCUUUGUUAGGUUCAAGUUAUUUGGAACUUUUAUUUUGUGCA